CGCCUCGCGCCCCACAGCACAGGUCUCGUGAGUUACCCCACCUCGUGGAACUCCACCUCGCGCCCCGCAGCACAGGUCUCGUGAGUUACCCCACCCCGUGAAGCUCCACCUCGCGCCCUGCCACACAGGUCUCGUGAGUUACCCCGCGUCGUGGACGACUGUCUUCUGCUCUUUUUUUUUUCGCAAUUAGAACCCGCGUGUUUGCAGAAUCACGACUUCGAGCGAAAUCGACGUGUGGAAUGCGUGCGUUAUUUCGCGCUCGGUUUUCGUUGCCUCAAGCGCUCACGUCGGUCCUCCCCACACCUUGGACGCCGCUUAAUACUGACGGCUGCUGCCCCACUCCUGCCGCUGCUCUCCCCCCCUCCACCCACCUCACUCCCUCUGUUGCUACAGAGUGACAUACCGCACUUGUCACGCCCUUCUGUGAGAUUUUAGGAGUGCCGACGUUAGUUUAACUCCAUGGUUCACACGAUGUCAGACCCCCCACAGAGCCCUGAUCCGGCGGUGAUCCACAGCCCUCCCCCGGACCCAGCUCUAGUCCCGGACCCGUCGGUGCCGAACGGAAGGUGCGAGCAGGCAGACAUCGCAGAGCAGCAGCAGGAACCCACGGGGGACAGUCCGGUGGAAGGCUUCAACAUGGACCAGGAGAUGAAGAUCACGGACAGCAUAGAUGACCAGGGUCUUCUGGAGAGCAGCAUGCGUCUGAAGCCCCACGAGGCCCAGAGCUAUCGCAAGAAGGCCCUGUGGGUGUCCUGGGUGUCCAUCGUGGUGACCAUCCUGCUGGCCAUCGCUGCAUUCACUGUUUCCAUCAUGAGACACAGUGCAUCAGCCUUUGGAUUUGCUUUUGACGCCCUGCUGGACGUGCUGUCCUCCAUCAUUGUGUUGUGGCGCUACAGCAACGCGGCCGCCGUGCACUCGGCCCACAGAGAGUACAUAGCGUGCGUCAUCCUGGGGGUGCUCUUCAUCCUGUCCUCGCUUUGCAUUAUGGGAAAAGCCAUCCACGACCUGGCAACCAAACUGCUACCGGAAGUGGAUGACUUCCUGUUCAGUGUGUCUAUAGUCAGUGGUCUGGUCUGUAUUAUUCUGGCCGUCGUCAAGUUCAUGCUGGGCAGAGUCCUCACCAGCAAGGCCCUGAUCACUGAUGGGUUCAACUCCCUGGUGGGCGGGGUGAUGGGGUUUUCCAUCCUGCUGAGCGCAGAGGUGUUUAAGCACCAGCCCACCGUGUGGUACCUGGACGGGGCCAUUGGGGUCCUCAUGGGACUCAUCAUCCUGGCCUACGGCGUGAAACUCCUUCUGGACAUGGUGCCGCGCAUGAGACAGACCAGGAACUACGAACGCUUCGAGUGACCCCAACCCGGGGGGGGUACAGAGAGGGGGAGGAGGGGCUGACAACAUCCGAAGGCCGGCUUGGUGGGUGUGGUCCCCCAAUGGCCACAACCCCACCCUUCGAGGAAGGACAUUUGCUGCGUCUCCACGGCCAAGCAGACGGAUUUGAGUGUUUCCGCAUGUCACUACACAGCCCCCCCCCCCCCACACACACACACACACACACACCACCACCCUUAGAGUCUGUUUGAUCAUGUUUUGUGUUUUCUUGUGAUACAGCGGACCGGCGCAGUCUGAGGGCUGCUGCGUCGGACCGCCGACAAGAUUCACUAAUUCAUGAAACGGAAAUAAUUAGUGAUAAUAUAGACCUUUUUCACACAUCGGGACCGAUGCACAAAGCAAACUGAAGCUGACCGAAUGGUGUGGGGUGAUUUGAACAAACUGAAAGGUUUUUUAUUAUGAUUUGAUAAUGGUUUAGUACUAGGAGUUGUGUUGUGGAGACCUGGUUUCCUAGUUGUAGCUGGUUUAAUUAUAUAUUUUUUUAAGGCCACAAUUAAAUGGAGCAAAGCACAAUAUGUUGUUGAACCCUCCUUCGGAGCCCUGUGUUGGGAGGUUUUGGAGGAAGGCCUUUUUUUUCCGCCUGUUGCCAACUAUCAAUGGUAUUAAAUCUGUUAAGAUAAAACCAAACUGUAAUUAAAGGUAUAUAAUAUGGUUGAUGACUCCGAUAACCCAGGAAGACGCAGGCUCAGGACAUGUUAAGAUAAGAUACAAUUGUAUUAAUCCUGUGAGGGAAAUUCAGGAUAAGUGGUCAAUCUUUCAGCUGCAAUAUCUGAAAAGUGAAGGGAAAAAAAUGAAAUCAGAGUUUCGAGUCGCUCGAUCGGACAGCAAAAUUAACUAACGCAAUCCCGCUUAAGCAUGGAGAUUCCACAAAAAAAUGCUCAGGGUCUCUGUUUGCUGAGCAGGCACUUUCAGCCAAUCAAAUGGCUGCCUCAGAAUCCAAGAGGUCGCAUUAUCCCGCCCAUUUCACAGAGACGUCGUUCUCCGUAUAAGGCAGCACCCAGCUGUUUAAGUAGCACAACAGUAGAGGGAGCCCACAUGCUGUAAUUAAUUCAAACUGGCCCCAUUACACAAACUAUAAAUAUACAUAUUUAUUUUAUUAGAAUAUAAGCACAUAUAUUUAAUCUCAUGAGUCACUAGUUAGUUUGGUUCGUUUAGAUAGGGUUUUCCGACUAGUUUACAGGGGAAACUGAAUAAGCACAGGAUGUAAGAUACUUUUAUUUAAUCUUCACGCUGAGAACAGGAUUUAAUGUAUGUUUGGGUUAGCUUGCCUUUACCUCACAAGGACACCGGCUCACCACGAUGAACUCUACAAUGACUCAUCGAGGAAUAUCACGUCUGUGACUUUGCAUGCUCCAUCUCUGAGCACACACUAAAAUAUUCAUCAACCUAAGUAGCACACCAACCCCAUCUCAGUGGUCCGAGCCUUAGCUGUAUCGCCACGGCAGCACAUGAAUCUAUACAUUUUCAUAUUUCUACAAUAUGUAAGACUUAAUCAUGUUAUGAACAUUUGAAGCUGAAAUGCGUUCAAAGUGAGAGCUGAAGGCGAGCGUACGCAUUCAUUCUUCCUAGAAAGACUGUGAAUGUAUAUUUCGGAAGGUCUGUGCUUCUAUAUUCAUGACAAUUUGAAUGUGCAUAUACUGUAUUGCAAAAUGUCAGUUUUUUUUAAUGGCAAUUUUGUGUGUGAAUGCGUGUGUGUGCCUUAGUUUUGUGAGAGGUUGAAGAUGGUUUGCUAAUUGAUACUUCAAGGGUGUAAAAAAGAAAAAUGGGUACUUCGGGUGAAGGUGUGCCUCACUUCUGUUCACCAAACACACGACAUCUCUAGCAUGCAACCAGCGCACCAGUCCACAUGCGAGGUAGAAAAUAAUGCCGUUUCAUUGUUUGUGCGCCACACACACACACACACACACAAAAACACAGGCAAGCUAACAUGCACGCACAUUAAAACACUGGCUAGCUUACACCCACAGUCAGGCUAGCUUACACAAAUACACACACACACACACACACACACACAUUAAAACACAGGCCAGCUAACAUGCAAGCACACAUUAAAACACAGACUAGCUUACGCACACACCCACACACUGAAACACAGGCAGGCUAGCUUACACACACACACACACACACACACACACACACACACACACACACACACAUUGUAACACAGGUUAGCUUACACACACACGGUCCUCAUGAUGGUAGCUUUCGUGUGAUUGUGUAAAUACUGUAUUCCUGUGAUGUUAUUCAGCUGUAGAGUCGAAAUUAAUACAGAGACUGUUGUCACAGAAAAAAAAAACUUUAUUUAAAAAUAAAGUUAUAUCUCUCUUGUUUGUCAAGGACUGUGAAAACAAAAAGAAAAGAAAGAAAAAAGUUGUCAUUUCGUUAUUAAAUUUUCCGCAACAUAUUCUCAACCUUGCCGGACUUUUGCGAGGACCCCGGCUUCUACAGACGGGUCAUAGUUAUUGAUUAUUGGUCAACUGUUUUUUACCCCCAAAGAGGAUUAAUUCGGUAAACUAAAUGAAAAAACAAAGAAAGAGAAAUAGUGAAUAAAGUUUUAUGUUUUGCCAAGUUAUACACCGAAGAACUGUAUACUGAAUACCCACCGAUAAUAAAACCAACAACAUUGAUACAGAAAAUAAUGAAAUGCUUUAACAGAACAGGGCUAGCGCGAUUAGCAAGAAGUGAACAAGGCCCUUCUGCACCACAGCUCAAAACUUUAUAUCUGCCCUAUUGGAAAUAUUAAUCUUUACCAUCAAUAAUAAUAAUAGCUAUGACUAUGGAAACAGAAUAUACCUCAAGUCCUGGAUUGACAAUCGAUUGGAAUAUUGACAGAUCUAAUUAUAUGCAGUGACAACAUAGUAAUAGGACGCAUGAUUAUCGCAUGAUUAUUUCAGAUUCCCUCUAACGAAAGUCCUAACCCUCCACGGGACUCGCACAUGUCCACCCAGCGUCUGUGGUCUGAACAUGGGGACUGCCUAAGCCAAGCCUGAAGCAGAACAUAAAGGGAAAUAAAAGGCACAUGACGAUGUUCAAAGAACCGACUUGGCUGAUGAACCCACGACAAACCUCACCACAGAGUUGAUCCGUCAGUAGGCCAUACAUGGGUAUCGUUCUGCACAUGGACAUGGAGGGAGUGGAACCAUUUAUCCACCAAACCCACAUAUUCAGAACAGGUGAUUUGUAUAUGAUUUUUAUGGUUAUAACGGUCCAUGAGCUGUAUACAUUUUCUUUUGAUGUGAACAAAGUGUUUACGUGCACAGAAACAGGCUUUUACUGUGAGCAGCGCAGGCUUUAAUGGUGGGAGACG